AUGACAUGUUUACUAUUACAUUACUUCAAUUAGUUUAUUUUCCAGAAGCAAAAAAAAAACCUGAAGUUUCCGUACGAAGAUUUUAAAAAUCAAUGGAACGAUGGGCUCCAGAGAUUGUUUCUCGAAAGUUUUGCCCAACGUAAAAUUGGCAACUCGCUUCGAUGCUGACGGCAAAGAAGUGCAGGUGGAACGGCGCGAAGACGAGGAACAAAAUGUCAAACAACAGGAUAUUUUCGAUAUUCUAGUCGCGGCUGGUUAUUUCCGAGCGAGAAUCAAGGGAUUAUCUGCUUUUGAUAAAAUUGUAGGCGGAAUGACAUGGUGUAUCAGUGCAUGUGAUUAUGAUGUUGACGUUGAUCUAUUGUUCCACGAAAAUCUCACAAUCGGCCAAAAAAUUACACUAACGGAAAAAAUCGUAGCUGCUUUGCCAAGAAUGAAGUGCCCAUAUUUAAUUGAACCGCAUCAAAUACAAGGGUUAGACUUUAUAAAUAUUUUCCCUGUGAUACAGUGGCUUGUCAAACGAUCGGUUGAAAAUCGAGCGGAAAAAGCUGCCAAAUUGAAUGCCUUUGCAGUGGGUCAAUUUCAUAAUCAUUUUUCGUUGAAAACCGAACAGGAGCAGAGACAAAAAUUCCUGAAUGCCACCGAACGGGUAAAAGAAAUUCAAAACAUUUAUCGACCUCAUCGGAAAUACAAGCGAAAAGAUGCCGGUGCAGAAGAUGAACAAAUGCGUGUACGAAUCACUUUGCUUGAGUAUGGCAACAAGGGAAAAGACAUUUUACCACAGCAUCUUAAAGCGGAUAGUGGCGCGAAAUCAUCAUCAAACGCCACUUCAAAAGGAACUGAUGAAACAUCCAAUGAUUUGUUUGAUAUUGAUCAGCUUCUAAAAACUCUUUACGUUGCUAAUGAGGACCAUGAUAUCAUUAAAUUCAAUGAAGUGGAUAAAAAAAACCUUUUGAAAAAUCUCACCGAAUUGAAAACGGAAAUGUCAAUUGAUACCAAACAACUGUCCGAACAAAACACAAUUAAAACAUUGUUGGCAACAAAAACCAUUUUAGACAAAAAAUUGCAAAAAGUCCAAGAGGAAAAUCGUAACCUUGAGGCUAAUUUAAGAGAAGAAGAACAAAAUUUGAACAAACUUGACAGUGAUGUGGAUGCAAUUAAGGAUGAAAUUCGUCAAUUAGAUGCCGUUGAAAUUAAGGCCACGGAUAAAAAGGAAUUGGUUCGACGCAUGUUGGAAGAGAAAGAAGAGCUUCGCCAUAAAGAAGUUCAAUUCAAAGAGCAUUGCAGACAGGAAUUGGCCAGAUUGCAGAAGGAAUUACAUGAUGCCGAAAUGCCAACGUCCGAAGAAGACUUGCAUCAAAUGCAGGACACAAUGGAGAAAGAGAAAGAACGCUUGCAUCUCAUUCGAAUGCAAUUGGCAAAGAAAAAUCGGGCUAUAGUUUCCAUUGAACGGAAAUUAGACAAUAUACCCGACCGUACGGAAUUAGCACAGUAUCAGCGCAGAUUUAUUGAACUAUACAGUCAAGUAAGUGCCAAACAUCGUGAAACGAAGCAGUACUUCACGCUUUAUAAUACUCUGAACGAUACGAAACAAUAUCUCACAAGGGAAUUGUCAUUGUUGAAUUCGAUUUUCGAAAAUUAUGCCGAGGGAAUGUCAAAUAUGUAUGCUAAGGAGCAAUUUGUUCUACAAUUAGAGCAAAUCGUCGAUGGUGUUGGUCAAACCAAAUUGAAGAUAAAGAAUAAGCUCGAAUCGGAAAAAUCCAAACGUGAUGAGUUCAAUGCCCAGUUGAGUGCAUUGGUUGAGCAACAAAGAAAGUAUGCCGUAGUGCUAAAACAAUUUACAAAAGAUUGUGAACGAAACGAGCAUUUAGUGAAACAAUUGAAAGCGCUGCAGGCAGCGGCCAAGAUAAAAGAAGAAAGCAAGUGAAUUUAUAUAAAAUAGUUGAAUGUCGCACUGUAGAGUGUUUUUUUUUCCACAAACAAUUCCCCAUAGCUGUUAUGUAUCUUAAAGAAAGCAAUAGGUAUUUUCAGUGAAUAAAUAAAAAAUUCCAAAUUACUAGCAAAUAUAAA